UUCUGCUGAGUUCCAAUGGACGCUUGCACCCUCCCCACCCUUGCAAAAAAGCCCCACUGGCACAAGGACGCCUCAUCGCCGCAGAGGAGCUCAAGUGUCCAGAGAAAUAGACUGAACCUCGACGUGCCCUUUGGAGCCACAUCGUCUGCUUGGUGUCCUGUCAUCAUGGCCAGAAAUCUGCUGAAGAAUCCCAGUGGUGAAGAGCAGCUGGAAUUCUGGGAGCUGACGGAGAACGGUGGAAGCCAGUGGAAAGUGGAGGACAUGCCGGGAGACUGUGGCCAUGACUUCAGCAAUAUGGCCGUGAUGAAAUACUUUGCAACCUCCUUUGAGUUGUGCCUGAAGAGACAGGUGAUCGACUUAGCAGAGGAAGGUUUCACUUGCGAACAGCUGGAUGCCCAACCUGUUGUAGAGGUGGAAGACUGGUACUGUGGGAGGCAAGACUGUGGCUGCACCUAUCAAAUGAAUGUGUGUCUGCUUGAUGAAAACCAUGAGGUCUUAGAGGAGUUCAAACCUGAACCCGUUACUCUGGACCCAGAGUGUGACGACUGUUCAUGGAAACAGGUCUUGCACACAUUUUCAGAGUACGGCCCUGGUCUGCGCUUCAUCUCCUUUGAACACGGAGGGAGAGACACAAACUACUGGGAUGGGUGGUUUGGAGUGAGGGUGACCGGGAGUUCUAUUACUGUUCAGGUCUAGACAAGAAGAGAGAAAAACACUAUUGGUAUGAUGGUUUCAAUAGGACCACUUUUGCCUUAUGCACCAAGCUUACUCCUGCAAGGGAAACGUACUGUUAUUUUUUUCCCCCUUUCUCAAUACACUAUGCUAAGAACUACGCAGCAUCAUACUGGAGGAUGUUUCUAAUAUCACCUCAUUUAGCUAUGAGAGACAACAGGAUAGCUUAUUGUAACUUUGAUAGCUAUAACUGUUUAUUUAACAAUAAAAAAACAAUUUAAAAACGUGAAUACAAAAUGAACUGUUGUACAUGCUUAUUAUUAGCACUGAAUAGAUUUGCCUGACACCAGCAAUUCUCAACUGGUAGCUUGACCCGUUUUCAGUGGGCCGCCAGAAAACAAAACCAAAAAAAUGUAAUGACCCGAUGUCCAUGAAUGCGCCUCACGUUCUUGUCUGUGCUAUUCACUUGCUACACCACCAUAAGGUGCGUGCCAGGGCAGCCACGUAACCUUUGCCAACAGCCUAUUUCAAUAUCAGAGAUUUGAGACGUUUGAGUAGAAAACAUGUCUGCAAUUUGGGUCGAUGCUUGUCGUUGAGGGAUGAUGGUGGGCGUGCAGCCAAACCAGUUGAGAACCGCUGCCAUACACCAUCUAUACUGUAUUGUAUGCAGUCGUCCCUCACUAUAUCACAGUUCUUCCAAAAAUAAUAAAUGACUGCUGUUUCAUGGUUGACUUAGGCAAAAAAUAUUGAAAGACAAAUUAUAUGUAGUAUUGUGGUCACUACGCAUCAGUAACGUUAUGAGAAAUGAUGUUAGAUUACGUGACUUGUCACACUGCAUGGAGACUAGCAAAUGAGCCAACAGAGCCGGGCCGACAUGCCACGGCUGACUUCUCCUCUCAUUCCGUGUGGAUGUGGUAAGUUUUUGGCUUCUUCGUCCAUCUUCCCCACUCUGUUUGAAACGCUUUAAGUUUAGAAUAAAGUAAACUGGAAAGGCUAACUAGUUAGCUCGCUAGCGGCCGUCUGUUAUGUCCCUGCAGCCUGCGCAAUGUGAUGUAAACAAAUAACAGGUGUGUAAAAGUGACUACUGGGGUGUUAUUUCAUGUCUACAUGGCUCUAAUAAUGUUAAAACACGUAUUUAGCAAGUCAUAAACAGGUUUUCGAUGCUCUAGCUAUGAAAAUAUUCCAUUUAUUAAUAUUGAAUCCUACUUAUUGCGGCCGGGUCUGGAACCAAUUAACCGGGAUGAACAAGGGACGACUGUAUACACAUUUUGAGUAAUCACUGUUUCCAUGUCUUAUUUAAAGCUACAUGUAUUUAUGUUGGCCAGCAUUGCCACUUACCAAUCAUGACAUAAAUCCUAAUUCAGUCACACAAAAAGAACAUAUACUGUAUGCCACCAAAAGCUGUGUGAGGCCAAACGUAAACCAUUGUUUUUUUUUAACAAAUACAUUUAAUAGACGCUCUCAAUAACAAUCGAGAGAAACUGUCUUGUGCCACCAGUCCCAGUUUCGAGGCCUUUUGGACCAUUACCAGUCAUCUUGAGAUCUGGCCGAGUGUAGGGUCAGAAAAGGAAAAAAAAAAGAGUAGGUAUGGCUGAGGUGGUCCAACUGAAAUGUGAAGGCAGCGCUGGCAGCGUAAUCAUUCUCCUUGUGGCUGCAUCUGUUUACAAAAGGUCUCAAACUGCUGUUGCUCAAGCUCAGUCAUCACCUUGUUCAAAGCGUAUAUCUGUACAUGAGAAAGCGAAGACUCAACGUUUUAUAACUAGAUGCAGUGUACAUACUGUAUACUAUUGAUCAAAAUUGUAAGACCAAUUGAAAAACUGCAAGAAUUUACAUUUUGCCACUGUGGGAUCUUCAGUAGGUUCUAAAUGGAGCUUCAAAAUGAAAAAAGAAGAAAUGGGAGUGAGGCAAAAAAAUAAAUAAAUUUUGGCGAAAUGUGGAUUAAAUGUCAUUUUUGUCAGGUAUUCACGCCCUGGGCGGACCGAAGCCAAUAAGCGCCGCAAAAAAUGUAGCCUGACAGUCCUGAUGGCUUCCAACGAUACUGGCAUGACAAGGAGAUCCCACUUGAGAUGUUAUCCACACGGCGCAAUGGAGGGGCAGCCAUCAUGAUCCUUCAGUGGAACAAUGGUGCUUCGGGUUGUGCAGGGGCGUCAAACGGCAGCUGGCUAUGUGGAGAUGUUGCAGGGGGCAUCCCUCAUGACUGUAGGCCCUUGUCUGCGUGGUAAUGACUGGCUUUUUCAACAAGACAGCGCAGUAGGUCAUAAGCUCACUCUUUUGGCCCAUCCUGGGUGUUCCCCUGACCUAAAUUCAAUUGAAAACAUUUGGUGACGGAUGGCAAGGGAAGUUUACAAAAAUGGACAUCAGUUCCAGACAGUGGAUGCCCUCUGUGAAGUCAUCUUCAGCAGCAGGAGCAACAUUCCCACUGGCCUCCUGGAAACACUGGCAUUAAGCACGCCCAAACCCAUUUUCACAUUGAUUAACAACAAUGGCACAGCUAAUCCUUACU